AUGAAUACUGAGAAGCGUACCAUGGGAUAUACCAAGGAUGCAUACCCAGUGUACUCCAAGUUAAAAUUGGCGAUGUUGCAGGUACUUCAGGAUGUGGCAAUCAUUUCCCAUUUUUUCCAAGCGAUCGUUAAAUUUUUGUUUGAAUGUAUUGUACCGUUCCCAAAGCAAUUGCAAAUGGGAAGCAGCCUUGAAGAGGCUACACAUAUCAAGACGGAAGACGAAGAGAGCAUCAAGGGUGAAUGCGAAGGAUUAUUUCCAUCAAUAACUAAGACCAGCCUCAGUGGCAAUGUUGACGAAAAGUCAAGGCCUGAAAAUCCGCAGCCAUGUUCGACAGGGUUAACUACUCGUUUUUUACCAUUCAAGAAUGAAAAUGGAGAAAUAGAAUGGACUUUUACAGAUGAAAUCGUUCCGGGAACUGAGUUGGAUUGCUUCAAAAUGACACCUACAGUUGGUAACUCUUUAGAAAAUAUUAAUCCACUAGUGAAACACGAGGAUGAACAAGAACACGUACGUCACAUCAAGCACGAAAAUAAUUUAUCACCAACAUCCUCGAACUCAUCAAAUAAUGAUUCUAUUUUAUCUAAUGAGAAAAAUAAGAAGAAGGAUAAGGAGGAAACUCCAAUGACUUCAAACUCUAGCCCUUUCUCAUCUUCAGAUCAUGAUGAAUAUAAGUCAAAAUCUGAUGAAGAUGGUGAAAACAAAACCUACCACUGUCCUCAUUGCGAUGCAGUAUUUAAGAUAAGAGGUUACUUAACUAGACACGUAAAAAAGCAUGCAAUAAAUAAGGCUUAUUCGUGUCCAUUUCAUAAAUUCAGCAUAUACAUGGAUGAAAAUAACAUUACACAUAAAUGUCAUCCAACUGGUGGAUUCUCAAGAAGAGACACAUACAAAACACACUUAAAGUCAAGACAUUUUAAAUACCCAAAUGGCGUGAAAACGAAGGAUAGAGCCAGUAGUUCGGGUAAUUGUUCAAUGUGUGGUGAAUACUUUCAGAAUAGUGAAAUUUGGUGUGAGAUACAUAUCGAAGGUGCGGAAUGUAAAUUUUUACCUGUUGGCUUCAAGGGUAAGUCCAUUAUUAAGAAUAGAUUGAAGAAGCAAUUGUCUAAGCAAAGGUCAAAAAAUUUGGAGGACAUUGAAUCUAGUAAAUCAUUUCAAACACCUACUUCAAACCCUCCACAAACACCUGCACCAAUGGAAAGCAAUUUAACGUCUUAUGAAUACAACAACUCUGACUCGCCUAGCCUCUCUACGAGUUCGGGGAAUCCUACUAGCACGAAUACGGCCACCAGUGAUGUAUCUCCGGGUACAAAUGUCCAUAAUGAUGGUAACACGCCAAUUUAUUACAACCAAUUAUUUCAACUUCCUACUUCACACUCACAACAACAACAACAUGAACAUGAAGGUCAACAAGAGCAUCAGGAUGAAUAUCAACAGCAGCAACAUUCAGGACAAUUAAACCAGCCACAAGAAUAUAUUAUGUUUGAUCAAUUCAGACCUCAUAAGAACGAUUUUCAAGAUUCGCAAUUAAUGCAUGAAGACUAUGACGAUGAGUUUUGCUUGGAUGUUGAUCAAUUGAAUAAAUCUGUUUUCAACAACUACAAUGAAAUUUUGAGCUAUCUUCCUCACAAUAAUAGCCAUCAUUAUCAGCAACAUGUACAUUAUUAA